AUGUCCACGGAGACUGAGCUGCAGCCCGCGGUUAGGCCCAGCACUCUCAGAAGAGACUCCAGACGAAAAGGGCAGGAUCGCAGCGAGGCGACUCUCAUCAGGCGUUUUAAGGGCGAUGGCGUCCGCUACAAGGCCAAGCUCAUCGGCCUGGACGAGGUCACCGCAGCCCGAGGAGACAAGCUCUGCCAGGACUCCAUGAUGAAGCUCAAGGGCAUAGCGGCAGCAGCAAGGUCCAAAGGAGACCACAAGCAGAAGGUGUUCUUGACCGUAUCCUUCGGAGGGAUCAAAAUCUACGACGAGAAAUCAGGGAUACUUCAGCACCACCAUGCCGUCCAUGAGAUUUCCUAUAUUGCUAAGGACAUCACAGACCACCGAGCAUUUGGAUACGUCUGUGGGAAGGAGGGACACCACCGCUUUGUGGCCAUCAAAACUGCACAGUCGGCCGAGCCCGUCAUCCUGGACCUGCGGGACCUGUUCCAGCUCAUCUAUGAGAUAAAGCAGCGGGAGGAGGUGGAGAAGAAGGCUCAGAAGGACAAGCAGUGUGAGCAGGCCGUCUACCAGACGAUAUUGGAGGACGACUUGGAGGACCCUGUGUACCAGUACAUUGUCUUUGAGGCGGGACACGAAUCCAUCCGUGACCAAUCAGAAGAGAGCAUAUAUCAGGUUCCCACCAGUCAGCAGAAGGAAGGGGUCUAUGAUGUUCCAAAGCGACACCCAAACGGACAUCAAACCACCCAUCAUCAUAAUCAUCAUCUUCAUCCGCCUCAAACUCCACUUUUCCAUGAGACUCCAUCACCCGAGCCACAGACAGCAGCUGAUCUCAUAGUCUUUGACCUGGAUUCAGUGACGCAGAACAUCAACCAGUUAGAGAUUUUUGGAGAUAUGUCCACGCCUCCUGACAUCACUUCUCCAUCUACGCCUGCUUCUCCAGCCAACACCCUGGACCCCUCCCAAGGCCUGCAGCACCCCACCGAACUGUUUUCUCCCUUCAAUCCUGCGUCUGUGCCCUCAGGUUAUGUGACUAUGGGGGCGGUGCCUCCGGGACAUUGGGCACAGACACCUCUGGCCUUUGGGGUGCAGUCACCCCUGGGCCCGGUGGCUCAGGUUCUGCCUGGGGGUCAGCCUCUGAUCUGGGGCCAGGCCAACAUUUUCCCUGCCACACAGCAGCAGUGGGCAGCCAUGGCGGCAGGAGCCUACCCCACAGCCUACCUCCCUGCCCAGCCGGUGGGCACGCUGCCUGCAGCCAUGUUCCAGACACUGACUCCAGUCACUCCAGUGACCCCUGCUGGAGAUGGCCUCUCAGCGUCGGCUCCAUCCGCAUCCUCCAGCCCGCAGCAUGGGGACCGGGAAAAGAAGAUGGGCAAAGAGAUGUUCAAGGAUUUCCAGCUGGCCAAGCCUCCUGCUAUGCCCUUGAAGAAGUCGGAGCAGCCCAACUUAGCAGGAACCUCAGAAGCAUUCAGCACUUACUUCAGCCGUGUGGGCACUGCUCAGGACACGGACGACUGUGACGAAUUCGACAUUUCUCAAAUGAACUUGACACCAGUCACCUCCACCACGCCAUCCACCAACUCACCUCCCACCCCAGCUCCCAGACAGAGCUCUCCCUCAAAGUCAUCCGCCUCCCACAUCAGUGACCCCCCCACAGACGCCACAGACCCCCCAACAGACGACUCAUUUGGAGAGGCAGAAGGCAGCCCCAGUCGCAGUGGAGAGGAGGAUGCGUGGUGA